AUGGCGCAACCGAUUCCAUGCUGCCUGCCUCAGUUUGGCAGUGGUCACUCCGGGCCGAAGCGGCCGGCUUCUCUGAGGACCAGAAUCAGUGCUGCGCAGACCACCCAGUUACUGUCCGCUUGGGACCAGGGCCGACUAGACCCUCUCCUCGAGGCCUCCUGGGCCAUUCUCCUACACCACUACACCGGGCUGGAAGAAAUCUGCUUCGGCUACCAACCAUCAACAUCGUCUUCGAUCUCAUCUGUUGCACAUAAUGAUCUCAAUGAUCUUAAUCACUUAAUCUUUAAUCUGUCCAUUGCCGAAGAUGACUCCCUCCAAAGCGUUCUGCGUAGAGCAGAAUAUAAGCACCACGGCUUCGGGGACGGUGAUGCUGAGAAAUGCGAAACCGCUUCCCCUAUUCAUAACGGCUACACUUUGUUCAACACCAUUCUCAUGCUACGCGACUGCCGCAAGCCGACACCAAAUGCUGGAAACCUUGCCAUGCAACCGGUCUUGGCCAAUCCCCUGCCAGAAGAGUGCCGAGUGAGGCUUCAUGUCAAGAUCUUGCAAGAUGAUGUGCGCAUCUUCUUCGAGUAUUGGAACCAUGAUGUCUCUACCGAGCACGUGAGAUGUGUUGCCGAUUACUUCGAGGAGAUCCUCGCCCAUCUCCUGUCAGCGACGGAUAUUGCCGUCAAGGACGUGAGCCGUCUCUCAGAUCGCGACUGGGCCCGUAUCUGCAGGUUCAACUCCGCCAUGCCGGAAUCUUACGAUCGUUGCAUCCAUGAAGUCUUUCAGGAACAGGUCUUGGUGCGCUCGGACAGCGAAGCUGUCUGUGCUUGGGAUGGGAGCUUGACGUAUAGAGAUCUGGAUCUGUUAUCGUCUCAAGUUGCAUACCAUUUAUUCGCACAGGGAGUUCGACCCGAAACAUGCGUCGCCCUGUGUUUCGAUAAGUCGAAAUGGAACGUUGUGGCAAUGUUGGGUGUUUUGAAGGCUGGCGGGGCCUUCGUCCCGAUGGAUCCAACUCAUCCACUUUCUCGCUUACAAUAUCUGGCAGGCGCCGUAAAGGCCGACAUCUUGCUUUGCUCUAGAAACCAUACGGAGGCUUUGAGUCAAGUCACCAAGACUAUAAUCCCCCUUGACCAGGAAACAAUCGAUGGUUUGCCUUCAAUCGAAAAUGCUGAUGCUUUACCGCAAGUGGAAGGCCGCAACGCAGCCUAUGUGAUUUUCACUUCGGGAUCCACGGGGGAGCCAAAGGGUACUAUGCUGGAACAUCGAGCCUUUGUUUCAAGUGCCAUAGCCCACGCUCCACGACUUCACAUUUCUUCUACCUCCCGUAUCCUACAGUUUGCAGCACACACUUUCGAUGCAAGUCUGGUCGAGCUGCUCACUACCUUGGUAGUGGGUGCUUGCAUCUGUAUACCAAGCGAGGAGGAACGUCUUGGGGAUAUAGUCAAAGUGAUCAACGACAUGAAAAUCAACAACGCUUGUUUGACCCCUUCGUUUGUUGAGUUUAUUGAUAUUUCGCUUGUCCCAGGAUUGGAGGUUCUUACCCUGGCAGGUGAAGCCAUGUCUCAGGCUCAGGCGACCACUUGGUCGAAGAUCCGCCUUGUCAACGGCUACGGACCGACGGAGAGCGCUGUUGCCGCCGUCAUCAAUCCCAAUGUUACCGCGACCACCGACUGUAGGGAUAUUGGCCUCCCCGUCGGCGUCCGUUGCUGGGUCGUGGCCCCCGACAACCAUGAUCAGCUCGUCCCCGUCGGUUCGCCCGGUGAAUUGGUACUGGAAGGCCCAACGCUUGCCCGUGGCUACUUGAAUAACCCGCAGAAGACGAACGACGCUUUCAUUUUCGAUCCUGCUUGGACUAAACUGGACACCACCCACAACGCCACCCGCAGAUUUUACAAGACAGGGCGCAAAGACACACAAGUCAAGUUUCAUGGUCAGAGGGUAGAGUUGGGGGAGAUCGAGAAUCAGUUGGCGGCUGAUCCCAAUGUCAAACAUUGCUUGACUUUUCUGUCGAAGUCAGGGUUUUCAUCAGGCAAACUCGUUGCAGUAUUCUCUCUUUCCGUUCAGUUCGAAGGCCAGCACAGCUCAGACAAAGCGCCACUAGAGCUUAUUGAUCCGACUAGAAAGGCACCGAUCGUUGCCGAGAUCCGGGAAAGAUUAUCGAGCCGCCUGCCGACCUACAUGAUCCCGGGCGUGUGGCUUUGCGUGGAAUCCCUGCCCUUGCUCGCAUCCGGGAAAAUAAACAGAAAGGCCACUGAAAAGUGGAUUGGGGAGAUGUCGGAGGACCCAGAUCGCCAGACUGUUACCUUGGAGACAGCAGACGCGACCAUGCUACCAACUAGCACCACUGAGGAACAAAUAGCUUCGAUUUGGAGCCGUGUUCUUAAUAUCCCAAGGGCUCGAAUCGGAACGGAUCAGGGCUUUCUAAGCCUUGGUGGCGAUUCGAUCGCAGCAAUCACUUGCUUGGGAUUCUGCAAGAAACUGGGGAUGGGCUUAAGAGUACAGGAUGUUCUUCACAGCAGAUCAAUUAGGGAAUUAGCAACGCGUGUCAAGCGGAUCGACCAGUCAAUUGUGUACGAAGAGGAGGUCGAGAAGCCCUUCGAUCUUUCCCCGAUCCAGAAGCUCCAUUUCACGGUCCGAGACGAGGGGCAGGGUCACUUCAACCAAAGUGUCCGCACUCGCAUAAACAAACAUAUUCCAGAGCAUGAACUGCGAUGUGCUGUUGAGAAAAUCAUCACCCGCCACUCUAUGCUCCGCUCACGUCUGGAGAGAAAUAAUGUCGAUGGUGGCUUUCAGCAGCGGAUCACUGAAGAUGUGACCGGCUCGUACCGCUGGCGUGCACAUGAUGGUGUCGGCCAGGAUAAGAUUGAUGCGGCCGUUGCCGAAAGCCAGUCUUCCAUGAAUGCUUUUGUGGGACCGGUUUUUGCUGUGGACCUCUUUCAUGAGAACGGCGUUAAUUUACUACUGUCCUUGGUUUCUCACCAUAUGGUUGUCGAUAUUGUUUCUUGGCGCAUCAUCCUGGAGGAUCUGGAAGACCUGCUGCUCAACCCCAGUCAACCCGUCUCCCAAAAUGGAUCCCUCCCCUUUCAGACUUGGUGCCGGCUGCAAGCCGAACAAUGCCAACCCUCUGAAUCGACAACGAUGGAAGAGUUGCCUGAGAUCCCGGAACCUAAUUACUCUUACUGGGGACUGCAGCACAAGCAAACCACCUACGGUGAUGUCGAUUGCGAGACUUUCGAGCUUGAUGCCGAAAGUACGCGCGCGGUCCUGAUGGACUGCCAUCAAACCUAUUCAACCGAGCCAAUUGAUGUUCUCCUGGCUGUCCUCCUGCAUUCCUUUGGAGAAACAUUCAAAGACCGUUCGUUGCCUGUCAUUUACAACGAAGGUCACGGACGAGAGCCGUGGGACCCGACCAUAGAUAUUUCGCUUGUCCGUGUCAAAGAUCUUCGUCGUCGCGCCGCCGACAAUGGUCGUCAGGAUUUUGCUCGGCGCGUCUUGACAACUCGGGAGGACGGAACCUCUCUGCACUAUAGCCCUUUCGAGAUGUCAUUCAACUAUGUCGGCCAGCACCGUGACCUACAAAGAAAGGAUGGCCUCUUUCAGCUCAUGAAUCAGAUGGCGGGAGAAACAGGCCAAGGUGGAGGUGCAGCUGACUUCGGUGCCGACACUCCUCGCUUCGGGCUCUUCGAAAUAUCUGCCAUGGUUGUCCAGGACAAUCUCCGGUUCAUUUUUUCCUUUAAUAAACACAUGCAGCACCAAGAACUCAUCAAGGAUUGGGUCCAGUGCUGUCGAUCUUUGCUGCAGUCCAUAGGUCAAAGUCUCCAAUCUGCCCAUCCAAAGCCAACAUUGAGCAGUUUCCCCCUUCUGAAGCUGUCAUACAAUGAAUUGGAUACCAUAAUCACGAAGAAACUUCCGGACCUCGGUGUAGUUUCGUUUGAAAAUGUGGAAGACAUUUAUCCCUGCUCAACGAUGCAGCAAGGAAUUCUUCUGAGUCGUUCCCGAGAUACUACCCUCUAUGCUGUGCACGGCACAUUCGAGGUAACAGGGUUGAGAGGCAAGCCUACCGUGGAUCGUCUGACGACAGCAUGGCAAAGAGUUGUGGCUCAUCAUGCAAUGCUGCGGACCUUGUUCUUAGAGAACCUGACAAGCAAAGACCUCUUCUGUCAGGUGGUUUUGAAAUCCUACGACGCCAAACCUCAAUACUUGCGCUGCGGAUCCGAAGCGGAUGUACUGUCCACUCUUGAUGCACAGCCAGCACCACUCUACGACCAUUCUCAUCCGCACCACCGCUUUACGAUCUACGAGACCGCCAAUGGAAAACUGUUCUGCAGGCUUGAGUUUAACCAUGUUGUCAUCGAUGGUAACUCAAUUUCGAUCAUCCUCCGCGAUCUUCAGCUGGCUUAUCAAGGCGAACUCGAAGAGCCAAAGCCGAAGUUCAAGAACUAUAUGCAGUAUCUACAGCAGACGUCGCAGCGAGCCAGCAUCGACUAUUGGCGCUCAUAUCUAACAGGGAUCAAACCUUGUCACUUCCCAGUGCUCAACGAUGGUAACACCUCUAUCCGGGAGUUACGGACCAAGCGACUGAGCCUUCCUUUCUUCAAGGACCUUCGGAAAGCAUGUGAAGCAAAUGGGCUCACAUUACCCACCGCUUUCAGCGCUGCAUGGGGUCUGACAGUUCGUGCUUUCUGCAACUCUGAUGAUGUCUCCUUCACAUAUUUAGCAUCAUUGCGAGAUGUUCCUGUAGAGGGAGUCGAAUCUGUCGUUGGACCCGUCAUCAACACACUGACCUGUCGCAUACAAUUUCCUGAGAAUGUUCUACUCAAAGAUGUUCUCUCUAGAGUUCAGAACGACAACAUCGAGAACCUACCUUACCGGCACCUUCCUCUCGUUGAUAUCAAGAAGGCUCUUGGAAUCUCGGAUUCUCUUAUCAACAGCGGCAUCUCCUACAGAAAACUCCCAACGUCAGACUUGAGGGCAAGAGGGGAGAUCCGCCUUUCCGAGGUGGGAAUAAUCCACGAUCCUGCCGAAUCUCCCGUGUUCAUUAAUGUCGAGGCUACUGAUGAAAAUGCCAACAUCGAGUUGAAUCAUUGGACGGAUCAUCUCUCCGUUGGACAAGCUGAACAUGUUGCCAGCACAUUCCUCAAAUCUCUUGAGAACAUUGCAUUUCACAUGCACGAGAAUGUCCGCAAGCUCGAUAAUUUCAGUGAUUUAAACAAGCAACAGAUCGAGGCCUGGAACAAGCAUAUGCCAGGUGCUGUGGACAUUUGCAUUCAUGAAGUGAUUGAGGCAUAUGCGAAAUCGACGCCCGACUCACCGGCCGUCAUCGCUGGGGAUGGAACUUAUACUUACCACAAAGUUGACGAGCUUUCCUCGCUACUUGCGGGUUAUCUCAUUCAGCUCGGUGUGAGCCCGGGCGACAUCGUGCCAAUUGAUUUCGACAGAUCUGGCUGGCAGAUAAUGGCAAUCUUGGCUAUCUCGAAAGCUGGGGGUGUCUGCAUUCCGCUGAGUGCUGAUUUGCGGCAAUCGAUUGAAGACUGGACGGUAAUGGAUGAAGCACAAGUUGCUCUCGUGUCCCCGACCCGUGCGCAAUUUCUGGAAGGAACUGUCCCAUAUGUCCUUCCUGUGGAGGAGUCUCUGUUUGAGUUCCUGCCUCGGACAGAUAUGGGCUUACAGUCACCUGCUGUCCCGUCGCAAGAUGGAUACGUGGUGUUCACCACUAUGAAAUCUAAGGCCGUUGUUCUCAGCCACCGUGCAAUCAUGACCCGGGCAAGAUUUUUCGCAUCGGAGCUUGGCUUGAACAACAAGAACCGCAUGUUUCAGUCGUCUUCUUACACCUCAGAUAUGUUUCUGCAAGAGACGUUCGGUACGUUUUUGGCUGGUGGCAGUGUCUGCAUCCCGUCCAAUACCAGCUCGGAACAUCUCGCACGCGAGUUCAAGAAGCUACAGGCAAACUCCAUCAGCCUGGCGAUAUCAGCUGCGUCAGCGUUGAAGCCAGCGGUUUUCAAUAGUGUCGAGGUUCUUGCUCUGUGGGGUGAGGGUCUGACAAGGAAGCUGGCUGAAAAUCUGCCUAAGAGAGUCAAAGUUCGCGUCUUCUAUGGAACAACCGAGUCCUCGUCUGCUUCCAUCCAAACUUCUGGUUUCGCAGCAUCUGAUGACCAUCAAAUCAUUGGAUCCACUGUCGGAUGUUUCCCGUGGCUAGUUGAUCUCAAUGACUCUAGAGUUCUUGUUCCAGUGGGAUGCGUGGGAGAACUAAUUUUGGAGGGCCCUUGUCUCGCCCGCGGAUACCUCGAUGACGAGGAGCAGACGAAGGGAUCUUUCAUUGAUAGCCCGGGAUGGAGCCUUGGCCACCACAACGAGGCUGCUGAAAACUCAGAGCAAGCACGUUGGCUGUUCAAGACCGGAGACCUUGCUCGUUUCAACUCGGAUGGAUCCCUUGUGUAUGUGGGUAAGAAGAAUGGUGGUAGUCGGACCGAUGCUUUGCAUAUCGAGCAGCGCCUGUCCACGCUGACUGCUACCAAUACUCCAUACGCAGUCGAAAGUAUCUCUAAGAGUGACGAACGGGAUUCUCAAGAGGUCAUGGCCGUGUUCAUGUUUAAUGGCUCCAAGGCCAACGUGGCUCAGAACCAGAUCAUUGCGUCUAUGACACCUGAGUUCUAUGAAGAUGCGAACAAGUUACAUGCUCAACUAUCCCACCAAUUGCCGGAAGACCAAGUCCCUAGGUUCUAUAUCCAGGUACCCAGAAUGCCAUUGACAUCGAGUGGUAAAUUGAACAGACAGCUACUGAAGGACGCCUACAGCCGCUUACCAGAGGCUUCCCGGCUGGCUUCGGACAUUAGGGGAUUUAAUGACUUUUGGAGAUUCCAGCUAGCGAAUUCGUCUCAGCCUCAGCAGUUCCCCUCUCGUGCGAGCUCAUCUAACGCAUAUUCUCCCAAGUACGGAAGACAAAACGUGCAGGUUACGUGGUGCGGUGCUGUCAGAUCGCUCAAGGAAGGCCCCAGGUCCGCUAUUCUUUCCGCUUGGGCUCUCACCAUGCACGGCUACAGUGAGUCCGAUGAUAUCAUCUUUGGGGAAUCUCUCAUGGGCACCGAGAAUUCGAUUGAAAAUGCACAGCAUGGGAUCAUAGUUCCUCGGCGUUUCAAGAUUGACAGCAAAUCCACUGUUACUGAGCUGCUAGAAAUCACCGAAAGCAACUUGACUGCAGCUCAGCGCUACCAGUGGGCAGGGCUUCGCCACAUCCAAAACCUCAACGCUGACACAGCACGCGCCUGCACGUUUGGCAGCUUGCUUUCGGUGAGAGAAGGAAAUGAGCAUCCAGGGUCAGAAGCUGUUGUCAUUUCUCAGGACGAAAUCACCUCCUUCCCGUUGCUGGUGCAGUGUACGCUCAAGGAUCAAGAUGUAGAGUUUGCUAUUCGUCAUGACGAAGCGGCUCUAGACUCGGCCCAAGUCGAACGCUUGAUGGCUCAAUUUGUUGCUUGCUUGCGACUUCUGAGUUCCGGCGAACACCUGACAGAGACUAUCGCGGACCUUUCCAGAGCCCAUGACGGCUUCCGUACUUUCCAGAAUGGUAUUCCAAUCUGGAAGAGAUAUUUGGCCGAUGUCGAAUCAUGCAUGUUCCCUAUAUUGUGUGCUAACUCAUCUGAGAACACGCGAGCUCAUAAGACACUGACUAUCAGUAAUGCAAGCGACCUGCAAGCUUUCUGCCGGAACCGAGAAAUCACUGAGUCUCUACUUGUCGAACUGGUCUGGGGCCUGACCCUCCGCUGCUAUACCGGAAUGGAAGAUGUAUGCUUCGGUAUUCAUGUACCAGAAGUUGGCCGCGAUGACUCGUUCAAAUUAUUUGACACGGCUCCUUCAAGCAACGUCCUUGCUUGCAGACUCAAGCUCGAUGACAACGUGACGCUUGAGCAAGCCAUGCAGCAGAGAAGAAUCGACAGCGAGCAAUUACUGCAGCACCACCUAUCUUUUGAGGAAAUCCAGCAUGAACUUGGAUUUGAAGACGCCAUAUACAACACUGUUGUUAGAUGUUCCGGAGCACCCGCAAACAUUGAUUUGAGCAAGUUCGUGAUUGCUGUCGAGGCUAAUUAUACGGAGGUAACCGGUGAAGUUUCAUUUGAGUAUUCCACCAAGGAUUUCUCGGAUGCUGACAUGGAGGGUAUCAUCGAUGUCUUUGACCAUGUCUUGAACUCCGUCAUUCACUCCUCUCCACAGGAUCGUGUCAUCGGCGAGAUUGAUUUUUUGAGUGAAAAAUCCUGUCAAAAGCUGCGUGAAUGGAAUGCGAACCUGGAGGAUCGACCCAAGACAUGUGUGCAUGAGAUCGUUCAGCAAAGAGCAUAUGCAAGUCCAUCGGCUCCUGCUAUCUGUUCUUGGGACGGCGAAUUCACAUAUGCUGAGCUUGACACCCUGUCGACUCGACUCGCAGAGCACUUAGCAACUAUGGGAGUCAAAUCCGAAGUGUUUGUUGGAAUGUUCUUCGAGAAGUCAGCAUGGACUGUCAUUGCACAACUUGCUGUCUUGAAAGCUGGCGGUGCCUUCGCGUCCCUCGAUCCUACCCACCCCACCGAUCGUUUGAGCGGCAUGAUUGAGGACCUUGGAGCAGAGAUCAUUCUAUGCUCCGAAAAGUAUCAUGAUAAGGCCUUUAAAGUCUGUGGGUCAUCCUUCGUCGUCAGCAGAAGUACAAUUGAAGCACUACGCGAGCCCGCAUCGUCACAAAUUCAACCUGCCAAUAUCAACGACCCGGCUUACGCGAUCUUCACAUCUGGGACUACAGGAAAGCCCAAGGUGACUGUGCUGGAGCAUGUUGGAUUGAGUCUGGCUGCAUCGAGUCAUGCUAGGGGAAUCGGUUUAACUUCCAGUACCCGUGCCUUGCAGUUUUCAAGCUAUACCUUCGAUGUUAGUGUGUUUGAGAUCAUGGUUGUCCUCGCGAAUGGAGGAUGCGUGUGUGUGCCCAGCGAGGAGGAGCGCAUUAACGAUCUGGCUGGAGCUGUGAAGAGAUUAAAGGUCAACGUCAGCAGCACAACUCCUUCUAUUAUCAACACUCUUGAUCCCAAGGCCGUUCCCAAUUUGACUACGAUAAUAACAGGUGGAGAGAAGAUGCCGUCUGAUUUCCUUGAUCGCUGGUCGGACAGAUGCGUCAUCAAUGCCUACGGACCCUCUGAAGCUACGGUGAUGAACACAGUAGGUUUCAAGAGAGAUCGAGAAGGAAGACUUAUCAACGGCGACUUGGCCUCAAUCGGCACUGCGAUAUUGGGCAGGACCUGGAUAGUGGAUGUCCGAGACUCCAAUCGCCUUGUUCCCAUCGGCGCAGUUGGAGAAUUGGUGCUCGAGGGCCGCAAUGUCGCACGUGGUUACCUUCACAAUGAGGAGAAGACAAAGGCGGUAUUCAUAACCAACCCACACUGGUCGAAUCGUGAUGGGCUAAAAGCACUUUUCCCACGCAAAGAACGGAUGUACCGCACCGGAGACCUUGUACGUUACAACCAUGAUGGCUCCAUUACAUUCAUCUCGCGUAUCGAUACCCAGGUGAAGCUCAAUGGUGUGCGUAUCGAAUUGGGAGAAGUUGAGCAGGUGUGCGUUCGUAACUUCCCGGAAGCCACCCAGGUGGCUGUCGAAGUCGUUGCGCCGGAGUCAAAAAUUGUCGGAAAGUGCUUGGCAGCCUUCUUCACAGUGACUGGUCACGGUCAGACGGACGAACACGAAAUAAUCGUUUCCAUGGGUGAUUCCCUGAUGGGAGUCGUCAAGCAGCUACAUGACGCCAUGACUCAAUCCUUGCCUCCAGCGAUGUUGCCCAAACUGUUCUUCCCUCUUCAGCGUAUGCCUUUCGGAUCUACAGGCAAGAUCGACCGCAGAAAGCUUCGAACUAUGGUCGAUAGUCUUCCUAAGGAGCAGUUGAAGCCUUAUGCUAUCUUCAACCUUGGUAGGAAGAAUGGUGUCGAGGUGGAGAUGGUCGGAAACGAGGGAGCUCUUAAGGGUCUCUGGGAAGAAGUCCUCUGUCUUGCGCCAGGCUCUAUCACUUCCGAGGACAAUUUCUUCGGCUUAGGUGGCGAUUCUUUCUCGGCCAUGAAACUCGUCGGUGCCGCGUCGACUCGAGGCAUCUCACUCACGGUUGCUGAUAUCUACAAGACACCUGUUUUCGUGGAUAUGGCGAAGGUCUGUGGGGCUAUGGAAUCUGACUCUUCUGUGGAGGAGAUCCAGCCUUUCAGUCUGCUGCCUGAUUCGAUCGCGCAGGAUGAGAUAUUGAGCGAAGUUUCCGAGCAAUGCUGCGUACCCAAGCAGCUAAUAACCGAUCUCUACCCUUGUAGCCCGGUGCAGGAGGGCUUGCUUACCCUCUCCAUCAAACAGAAAGGAUCUUACAUUGCUCGGCCUGUGUUCCAGCUUGCCGAGGAUGUCGACCUGGAUGAUUUCAAGGCUGCCUGGCAACAAACAGUUGAUGAAAUGGACAUCUUGCGCACCCGGGUUGUGCACACUGAGGCGGCGAACUUCCUCCAAGCUGUUCUUGCUGAGGCACCAAUCACUUGGGAUCAUGCAAACGACUUUGACACUUUGGCCAACGAGGGCUUCGACUUGACAACGAACGACGGAGGCUCGCUUACUGGCUACGGAAUUGUGGAGCCCGAGGACUCCUCGGAAAGGUACUUUGUCUGGACGGUACACCACGCUCUGUAUGAUGGAUGGAGUGUUUCACAGAUCCUCAGAAGGGUGGAGGAGAUCUACUCGGACUCUGCAGCUUCCACUCGCGCCUUGCCGUAUAAUUUGUUCAUCAGCCACUUGUUGCGGACAGAUGUCUCGGCAUCUGACGAGUUCUGGAAGAAAUACCUUUCAAACCUGUCCUCAACACCAUUUCCGCAGAACAAGACACCCAUGGAGGAUGCUAUCCGCGUCGGAAACAGGCACUACAGCUCUGUUACCAUCCCCCAGGUAGCCAACAGCCUCAGCCUGACAGUCCCGGAGUUGAUCCGUGCGGCUUGGGCAUUGAUUGUCUCCGUUCAUACUGCGUCUGGGGACGUUUGCUUCGGCGAAACGCUAAUGGGAAGAAACACUAACAUGCCUGGUGCCGCGGACGUUGCUGGCCCAGUUCUGACAACUGUCCCUACCCGUAUUGUGGUGGAUAGUGACAUCGGGCUCGUUCAGUAUCUUCAGAGUGUGCGUCAAUUGGCUGCUGAGAUGAUCCCACACCAACAUACUGGACUUCAGCGGAUCAGGAAACUCAACCAGGACACAGCUUCCGCUUGCGAGUUCCAGAAUCUAUUGGUCAUUCAGUCGGACGAAGGCCAGCUUAACAAAGAUAUUUGGGAACAAAAGAACAACCUGACCGAAGGUGACUUCUUCACUCAUCCUAUCGUCGUCGAAUGCAAACUGGAACACAGUCAAAUCGCAAUCACUCUUCACCACGACGAGCUUGUCUUCGACAGUUGGCAAGCCCAGAUGCUCAUUGGACAGUUUAGUUUUGUACUGGAGCAGUUGCUCGCCAUCAACAAGGAAGAUUCAAGGAAGGUUGGUGAGCUAGAGGUGUCUAGCCCGGUUGAUAGGAAAGAAAUCGCUGCCUGGAACCAGAGGAAUCCUCCAUGCGUCGACCGAUGCGUUCAUCAUAUCAUCGAAGAGAAAGCAUCGCUCCGACCUGAAGCUCAGGCCAUCUGCUCCUGGGAUGGCCAGUUGACUUACCGAGAACUCAUCCAUUUGGCUUCUUCCUUUGCUGCUUAUCUGAGCUCGCGCGGUGUUGGGCCGGAGACUCUGGUGCCAAUUUGCAUGGAUAAGUCUGUGUGGGCUGUGGUCACUAUUCUCGGUAUCCUGAUCGCUGGCGGCGCUUUCGUUCCCCUUGAUCCUGCUCACCCUACUUCAAGACACCAAGAGAUUCUGGCCGAGGUGGAUGCUCGGGUGGUCCUCUGCUCUCCUAAGUACCAGAGCCGUUACUCGGGCUCUGUGAAGACCAUUAUUCCGGUCAGCAAAGAUACUGUCAAAGCAUACUGCACACUUGCAACCUCGAGCACGAAGCCCUCUAGCCGGGUAAUUCCCACAAAUAUGGCCUUUGCUAUUUUCACCUCCGGAAGUACCGGCCGUGCCAAGGGUAUCAUCAUCGACCACAAGGCACUUGCAAGCAGUGGCAUGGCGUUCGGACCCAUGGUACACAUGGACCAAGAUACCAGAGCUUUCCAGUUCGCUUCCCUCACUUUCGAUGCUGCGGUCAUGGAAGUGCUCGUAGCUCUUAUGCACGGAGGUUGUGUCUGUAUCCCAAGCGAAGACGAGCGCCUGAACGAUGUUGCUGGUGCUAUCAGACGUAUGAACGUUUCGUGGUCGUUCUUGACUCCGUCUAUUGCUAGCAUUAUUGAGCCGUCUUCCGUGCCCUCCUUGAAGCAUCUUGUAUGUGGUGGAGAGAAGAUGUCACGCGAGGUGAUAACCAAGUGGGCGCACCGGGUCAAGUUGAUGAACGGCUACGGGCCUACCGAGACGACAAUUUUCGCAGUCAUCAACACCGACGUUGCUGCCAUUCCCGAGCCUGCUUGCAUCGGUUACGGUAUUCCUUGUACUCUGACUUGGGUUGUUGACCCCGACAAUCACGACAGGUUGACACCUUUGGGUGCCGUCGGUGAACUGGCCUUGGAAGGUCCGGCGCUUGCUCGAGAAUAUCUGAAGAACCCUACAAAGACGGCCGAAACGUUCGUGAACGAGCCAGCCUGGAUCAAGAGCUUCCCCAGCUCUCUGCCCGCCCCAAGAAGGAUCUACAAGACUGGAGAUCUGGUCAAGUACAACCCCGACGGAACUGUGCACUACAUCGGCCGUAAGGACCACCAAGUCAAGCUUCACGGUCAGCGCAUGGAACUUGGAGAAAUUGAGCAUCGUCUGUAUGAGGAUACCCGAGUCCGCCACGCCGUCGUUCUGUUACCAGCGACAGGGCCUCUCAAGCAACGUCUGGUGACGGUUCUGUCCUUGAACUCGUUGACUUCUGAAAGGAGCAUCAUCUCUGACAAUGCUUGCGAGCUUGUCUCCAAGAACCGCUCGACCCAGUCUGCAUACCACGAACUUGUGGCUAUUCAAAAGAACCUCGAGUCUCAGCUGCCUAUCUACAUGGUUCCCCAAGCCUGGGCUCUCAUCAAGCAAUUGCCGAUGCUUGUCUCUGGAAAGCUGGACCGAAAGCGCAUCGCUGCCUGGCUCGAACGCCUUGACGACGCGUCGUACGAGCGGAUCAUGCAGGAUUACGACAAUAUCAAGCGAGGAGAGGUCGAGGAGGAGAUUGAAGACGAUGUUGAAGAGGAAGAUGACACCGAGUCCUCUGCCAAGCUGCUCCGCGAAAUUUUCUCGCAGGUUCUCAACAUUUCAGAGAACAAGGUCGAUCCUAAUCGGUCGUUUGUCAGCCUAGGCGGUGAUAGUAUCACUGGAAUGGCUGUCAUCUCGCGUGCACGCAAGCAAGGGCUUACCCUGACCCUUCACGGCGUGCUGCAGAGCAAGUCGAUCAAGGAUCUCGCUCAGACCUCUGAGGCCAAAAUUAAGGCUGUCAAGAAUGAGGAGAAGUCAGAUGAGCAUUUCAAAUUGUCUCCAAUCCAGGACUUGUACAUGCAAUCCACCGAUAAGUUCAAGAGUGAAGCUCGAUUCAACCAGAGCAUGACGGUGCGUGUCACCAGGGAGAUCGAGCCGGAAGAUAUGAAGCAGGCCGUUCGAUCUGUUAUCCAACAACACUCUAUGUUCCGCGCACGGUUCUCAAACCUUCGCGGAAAAUGGCAGCAAAAGAUUAUCGAGGAUGUCGAUGCCUCUUAUCGAUUCCGCCAUCAUUCUGUAAGCAAUGAGAAGGAUAUCCUGCCCCUUAUCGCCGACAGCCAGUGUUCGUUGGACAUCGAAAAUGGGCCGAUUUUUGCGGCCGAUUUGUUUGAAGUCAAUGGAGGCCAGCAGAUCCUGUUCCUAACAGCCAGCCACAUGUGCGUUGAUAUGGUAUCCUGGCGCAUUGUCUUGCAGGACAUCCAGGAGUUCCUCGACUCUGGUUCGCUGUCAGGAGAAAAGCCCCUGUCUUUCCAGACUUGGUGCAGCCUUCAGCUCGUGGAAAGCAAGAAGAGAAUGGGAACUAUCCAGCUGCCAUUCUCUGUACAGCCGCCUAACCUUAGCUACUGGGGUAUGGACAAGUCUGCAAACUGUUAUGGUCAGGUCAAGAUGGAAGGCUUCACCCUGGAUGCAGCAACAACUGCCCAGAUUCUCGAUGCAUGCAAGGCGGUCCUCCGCACCGAGACCAUUGAAGUUGUUCUCGCUGCUGUGAUCCAGUCUUUCCGCCACACUUUCACUGAUAGAGAGGUUCCGACAAUUUACAACGAAGGCCAUGGUCGCGAAUCCUGGGAUUCCUCCAUUGACCUUUCCAGAACUGUGGGUUGGUUCACAACUAUGUGUCCUUUGCAUAUAGAUGGAAACACAGAUAUUCUGAAUACUCUGAAGCAUGUGAAGGAUACAAGACGUCAAAUUUCUAGCACCAGCAGACCUUACUUCGCUGAGAACCUUCUCCACAAGAAUGCGUCCGACUUCCCAGUUCCGCUCGAGGUGCUCUUCAAUUAUCUCGGCCAGCUGCAGCAACUUGAGCGUGACGAUGCACUUUUCAAGCAUCACAGAGAAGCACUUGAUGCUGAGACGCUCGAGGUGGCAGGCGACAUGGGUCCUGAAACGCGCCGUUUCGCGCUCUUUGAGAUUACGGCACUCAUCAUCAAAGACCAGCUCCAGAUCUCGUUCACCUACAACCGCCACAUGCAGCACGAGCCACGGAUCCAUGGGUGGGUUUCCGAGUGCAAGCGCGUUCUUCAGGAGGAUAUGCUCCGCCUCGGAGAAUGUUCACCUGAGCCGACACUCAGCGAUUACCCCUUGCUGCCGAUUACCUAUCAAGGCCUUAGCAACAUGGUCAAGAGUGCCUUCCCCAAGGCUGGUGUUGAAAAUUGGGACGAGGUUGAAGAUGUCUACCCCUGUUCUCCGGUGCAGGAAGGUAUCCUGCUCAGCCAGCUGAGGGACCCACAAGGAUAUCUGUUCAACGUUAUUUUCGAAGUGCGUCCCCAGAAAAAGGGCGAUAAAAUCGAUGCCAAGAAGCUGCGCAAGGCUUGGUCCAUGGUCGUUAGCCGUCAUCCUGUUCUCAGAACUGUCUUUAUCGACAGCAACUACAAGGGCGGCUCGUUCGACCAGGUGGUUACGAAGAAGCUUGAGGACGAGAUGAUUGAGUUCGAAUGCGAAGACGCAGACGCACUGGGAACCAUGGACGCUAUCAAGCUCCGCGACAUCAAUGUCAAAAGGUCGACUAAGCUUACACAUCAAGUGAGCAUCUGCACCACCUCUUCCGGCCGUGUUCUUUUCAAGAUCGACAUGAACCAUGCCAUCAUCGACGGUGGAUCAGUAGACCUGAUCCUCAGAGAUUUGACGCUGGCCUACAAUGAUCAACUCCCCGAAGGCUCUGGACCUCUUUUCAGCGAAUACAUCAAGUACAUCAGAGGCCAGACUCAAACCGAGGCUCUGGGUCACUGGACGAAGUACCUUUCCGGUAUCCAGCCCUGCCAUCUUCAAUUCUCGGGUGCUACCAACGCCACUCGGACGCUCGGCGAGCGCUUCAUGGACUUCACACGCUUCUCAGAGCUGCAGAAAUUCUGUGAGCAACACUCGAUUACUCUUGCGAAUCUGACACUCUGUGCUUGGGCAAUUGUCCUCCAGAGCUGCACAGGCUCGGAUGACGUUUGCUUCGGCUACCCGUCCGCUGGUCGUGACUCCCCUGUUCCCGGGAUUCAGGACGCAGUGGGCAUCUUUAUCAACAUGCUGUGCUGCAGAGUCAAGUUCAGCCCUGAGAAGUCACUUCUCGAGGUUGCCAAGACGGUGCAGGAUGACUUCAUGAAGAACAUCCCUUACCAGCACUGCUCCCUGGCUCAGAUCCAGCACGAGCUUGGGUGGCACGGAAAGUCGCUUUUCAACACGACUCUCUCGAUCCAGAACCGUACUGCCAACCAGGAUGCUGCCAACAGAUCGAUCGGCUUCGAGAUGCAAAAGGCCUACGACCCAACUGAGUAUCCCGUGACCGUGAACGUUGAGACGACUAAGGGUCGGGAGGGUAUCUUGUUGAGAUACUGGUCCGACUCCGUGACCGAAAACCAGGCCAAGGAUCUAUCCGAUGCGAUUGCUAAGAUCUUCACAUGCUUUAUUGAGAAGCCGUCUAGGCUCGUUGCGGACUUGGGUCUGCAUGAUCUACGCCCAGCCUCUCAAUUCACCAAGGGCCCUCUCAUUGCAGAUCAACUGAUCGACAACUAUGCCCUGCAGCAGUUUAUCGACAGCCGUGUGAACGAGAUCAUCGGCAAUAUGCUCAAGGAAGGAAAGCUUUCUGUUCCACUCGUGCAAAGAAGCGAGACAAGAUACUCCAACGGUGCCGUUCACCUCAAGAUGGUCGAGGCUUCCAUCCGCGAUCCUGAUGCAGGUGAAAAUGAUCUGUCGGAUUCGAUUCCUUCCCUGACCGACGAUGGGUCAAGCUCCAGUGACACCGAAAGACGUCUCUGGGACCUCUGGAAAUCGACCCUGGGGCUCAAAUCUGAUAGCAUCGGCUACCGCGAUAGCUUCUUUAAGCUUGGUGGAGAUAGCAUCACCGCGAUGAAGAUGGUCAGCGCUGCCCGCGAGGAAGGCUUGCAGUUGACCGUCGCAGAUGUUUUCAGCAACCCUGUCUUCGAAGACAUGCUGGCUAUCGUCACACCUCGCAGUAGCCCGACCUCCAAUGCGGAGACACAGGGCGAAAACAACAUCGAGAAGCUGCUCGAGUCUGACAUUCAGGAAAUUCCUCAGGUUGAGCAGAAGACGAUGCCACGUGCCAUGGACCUCGAUGUGAUGUCUCUGCAGGAUGCCAUCUGUCCCAAGAUUGGUGUCUUCAAGGGCGGCAUUGCCGAUGUCCUCCCCGUCACCGAUUUCCAGUCGCUGUCAAUCGCCGCUACCCUGUUUGGAUCCAGAUGGAUGCUGAAUUACUUCUUCCUGGAUGGCAACGGCCCACUGGACAUCAGACGACUUCGUGAGAGCUUUCUGCGCGUUGUUGACGCGUUCGACAUCCUGCGCACCGUCUUCGUUGUUCAUCGGGGACAGUUCUACCAGGUGGUUCUGCGCAAGAUUCAACCCGAGAUUAUCGUUCAUGAGACGGAAAAGAGCCUUGAUGAAUACACGGAUGACCUCCAGAAGCGGGAUCGCGAGCAGGACCCUCGCCAAGGGGAGCAAUACGUGCAGUUCUACAUUGUCAAGCAGAAGAAGAGCGACCACCACCGCAUCCUCAUUCGGAUGUCCCACGCUCAAUUCGACGGUGUCUGUCUGCCCAAAAUCAUGAACGCGAUCAAGCUGGGCUACGAGGGCAGCACCCUACCUCCCGUCUUCUCCUUCUCCAACUACAUGCGGAUGCUUCCUGGAAACAUCACCCCAGCCCACUACCACCACUGGUCUACGAUCCUCAAGGGCUCGAAGAUGACCGAGAUCGUUCGCCGUACGCAGCCCAACACUUUCCUGCACAUUGGUUCCUUCGCAGAGCACAAGAAGACCAUCAAUCUUCCGUCCACCGCUACUGGCAAUGUCACGCUCGCGACGGUCAUGCAGUCCGCGUGGGCCAUUACCCUAGCCAAGCUGACUGCCCAAUCUGAUGUUGUCUUUGGACUCACUGUCAACGGUCGCAACGCCGGCGUCCCCGGGAUCGAGACCACCGUCGGACCCUGUCUCAACAUGCUGCCGAUCAGAGUCAAGUUCCGGGAGCACUGGACGGGCAUCGAUCUGUUCCGCUACCUCCAGGAUCAGCAGAUUGCCAACAUGCCAUACGAAUCGCUGGGAUUCCGGGAGAUCAUCCGCAACUGCACCGACUGGCCGCAGAGCACCUACUUCACGACCUCCGUGUUCCACCAGAACGUCGACUACGAGGGCCAAAUGCAGCUGGACGGUGUCGACUACCGGAUGGGCGGCGUGGGGGUCAUCGACAACUUCACCGAUCUCACGCUGGCGUCCAAGUCGUGCGGACCCGAGAAGCUCGACGUGUCGGUCGGCUACUCGACCAAGGGGCCCAUCCCGUCCAGCUUCGUGCGAAAGGCCCUCGAGAUGGUGUGCGAGACGGUGCAGAGCCUGAUCGCCAACCCCAGCGUGCCGCUCGCCUCCCCGUCCACCGUCCGCUCCCUGCCCAGCCAAGUCAUCCACGAGACGCCACGCUCCUCCGACACGACCUUCCAGCUGUCCCGCCUGAACACGCGCAGCAAGGAGGAGAUCCUCAUCCACUCGGACAUCCUCACCCGCACCUGGCAGCAGGUACUCCCGCGCCGCACCGCGACCGGCUCCCACUCCACCACCGCCGCCGCCGCCUACCAGCUCGACUCGUCCUUCUUCGACCUCGGCGGCGACAUCAUGAACAUGGCGCAGGUGGUCUGGAUCCUGCAACAGGAAGGCUUCCAGGUCCGUCUCGAGGACCUGCUGGAGCACCACACCUUCUUGGGCCAGCUGGCCGUCAUGGCCGAGCACCACAAGCAGCAGCCGCAGCCGCAACCGCACUCAGCCGAGGAGACCCUUCCUCCGGUUACCGGCCCGAUCUCCGAUGAGGAGCGGACCGCUUCGCUAGUCAAGAGCGGAAGCUGGACCUCGUUGGGCAAGGCUGUCACGUUGGCGAAGCGAUUCACCAAGUGGGGAAGCGUUUCCACUCGCAAGUGAUACCGUCCCUCCCCAUCAUCUUUAUAUGAUUAGAUGAACAUUCUUUUGGUUUCACCAUUUUCAUUCUGUUAGAUCGGUGUUGUUUUGGAUUUGUAUAUAGGGUUUGUUUUUGGAUAUGAUGCUAAUCUAAGCCCUGGACAUAAAUUGUCUGGCUGCCUACCUGUCUGUCUUUUGGAACUUUGCUCGUUUGUUUUGUGGGGAUGAUCCCAUCUCCAAGAAGU